GCCUUCCCUCUCAUAGCUAAAUGCACUGCUGCCACCGCCACUGCCACUACUACUAUUGCUGGUGUUGCUGCUGCUUGUGGUGGCUGUGGUGAUGCUGCUGCUACUGCAUUCAGCUGGGAUGGUCUCCUUUCUCCUCCCCUUCCCCUCUCCUCAACCCAGUGUUGCACCACCUCCUGCGACCUCCCCAAAGUGGGGGCUGGUGCAGCAAUUUGCGCUAAGGCAGUCUGCUGGCUGGUGCUGAGGAUGCUGGGCGGGUGUAGUUUAGUGUGCCGUGGGUGUAGUGCUGGAGAAGGAAGGGGCUGGUGAGCGCGGACUGCAUUUGUGCUAGUCAGUGUACCAGGCUGACGUGCGCAUGUAUGUGUGUGCUCACACGCCUUCGAUGUGUGUAGUAAUACUGCAGUGGGCUUCUCCCUCUCACUAGCCUCUCAGCACAUGGACUAGACCAUCUGGGCUGCUGAACCUCGCACCUGACUGGAUCACAUUUUGGAUCAGGCUGACUAAUCUUACUGGGGGCUUCCUCUCCAACAAUUCCGCUGCAGAUCUUACUUCUUAUUCCAAUUCAGGGUGCAGCUGCCUUCCACACAAAUACUACUAAAAAUAAUAAAUCCUUCUCUAGUCCCUUCUUAUACAUAUAUAUAUAUAUAUAUAUACAUAUAUAUAUAUAUAUUUCCCCCCCUUGGUGGGCUUUCCCUGAGGUUGCUGAGCCAAAUCAGUCCGGGCUCUCCCAUCAUUUGAAAUUAAUUCGUUGGACUGCAGCACUGAGGCAGAGAAGUUGGGGCCCCUAUUUUAUUUUCUCUCCCUUUCCGGGCAACGGAGCAAUGAAAUUUCCAAUCGAGACUCCAAGAAAACAGGUGAACUGGGAUCCUCAAGUGGCUGUUCCUGCGGCGGCACCGACUUGUCAGCCCAAGAGUGUCACUAACGGGCACUACCCAGCCCCACGCCUCUCGAUUUCCUCUCGAGCCACAGUGGUUGCCAGCAUGGAAAAUACCUCCCAGGGUUUACAGACCGUCAUGAAGUGGAAAACAGUUGUGGCAAUCUUUGUGGUUGUGGUGGUCUAUCUGGUCACAGGAGGUCUUGUCUUCCGAGCACUCGAACAACCCUUUGAGAGCAGCCAGAAGAAUACAAUCGCCUUGGAGAAGGCAGAGUUCCUUCAGGACCAUAAAUGUGUGGGCCCACAGGAAUUAGAUACACUGAUUCAGCAUGCGCUCGAUGCAGACAAUGCUGGCGUCAGUCCAAUAGGAAAUUCUUCCAAUAACAGUAGUCACUGGGACCUUGGAAGUGCCUUUUUCUUCGCUGGAACAGUAAUCACGACCAUAGGAUAUGGAAAUAUUGCCCCAAGCACUGAAGGAGGCAAAAUCUUUUGUAUUUUGUAUGCCAUCUUUGGAAUUCCACUCUUUGGUUUCUUAUUGGCUGGAAUUGGAGACCAGCUUGGAACUAUCUUUGGGAAAAGUAUUGCAAGAGUGGAGCAAGUCUUUCGGAAAAAGCAAGUGAGUCAGACCAAGAUCCGGGUGAUCUCAACCAUACUAUUCAUCUUGGCAGGCUGUAUUGUAUUUGUAACAAUUCCUGCGGUCAUUUUUAAGUACAUUGAGGGAUGGACAGCCUUGGAAUCCAUAUACUUUGUGGUUGUCACAUUGACCACUGUUGGCUUUGGUGAUUAUGUGGCAGGGGGGAAUGCUGGUAUCAAUUAUCGAGAGUGGUAUAAGCCCUUAGUGUGGUUUUGGAUUCUGGUGGGUCUCGCCUACUUUGCUGCUGUCCUCAGUAUGAUUGGAGACUGGCUUCGGGUUCUGUCCAAAAAGACAAAAGAAGAGGUUGGUGAAAUAAAAGCCCAUGCAGCUGAAUGGAAAGCCAAUGUGACAGCUGAGUUCAGGGAGACGCGGAGACGCCUGAGUGUGGAGAUCCACGACAAGCUGCAGCGGGCAGCCACCAUCAGGAGCAUGGAGCGCAGGCGCUUGGGCCUGGAUCAGAGGGCCCACUCCCUGGAUAUGCUCUCUCCUGAGAAGCGUUCAGUCUUCGCGGCCCUGGAGACCGGGCGCUUCAAGGCGUCAUCUCAGGAAAGCAUCAAUAACCGGCCUAACAACUUGCGCCUGAAGGGGACGGAGCAUCUGAACAAACACGGGCAGGGAGCCUCCGAGGACAACAUCAUCAACAAGUUCGGGUCCUCUUCCUCCAAGCUCACCAAGAGGAAAAACAAAGACCUGAAAAAGAGCGUCCCUGAGGAUGUUCAGAAAAUUUAUAAGACCUUCCGGAAUUAUUCCCUGGAUGAAGAGAAAAAAGAAGACGAUUCGGAAAAAAUGUGCAACUCGGACAACUCGAGCACAGCCAUUUUGACUAACUGCAUCCAACAGCACUCAGAAAUGGAGAAUGGCGUCAUACCUUCUGAGACCAAAGAAAGGGAACAUGAAAAUAAAUCAUUACUUGAAGACAGAAAUUAAAUGUAAAAGACAAUGGAUUUGGAUUAAGUGAUGUUAGUGUUUUUAUAUACAUAUUGAGACAUGUGCCUUAUAUGAACCUCUUUAAUUAGUCUGAAUUACAUAGCAUUGAAGAAUAUUUUCACUGUGCCAUAAAUGACUGAAAGCUGGCUCUGCCAAAACGAAUCAAAGUACAGCACUUCAAAUAGUGACAGUAGAACACACACCAGGAGUUUCAACAAGUAGGUUACCAUGGUGAAAUGUUAAGGGAGAGAGUUACCAUGGCAAUACAACUGGAAGGUUACCACCCUGGCAUAAUAUAGUUGGGGGAAAAAAAAAAGGGCAGCUAUUUUUUAGACCAGCCUUUUGAAAGAAAAAAAAAGUGAGAAUUAUAUAUCUUAUCAGUGGAGUCCUGUUUCCUGAACGUCUUGUAUGUUUCCUUGAAUAUACAUAGUAAUAUGUAUGCACAUAGGAAAAGGGGAAAUGAUUGGGGUGAAAUGGUAACUUAUUAGAAAUUCAUUUUAUAUUUUGGCAAGUGCUCUCAGAUUGAAUUUUUUGUAAUCAUCUAAUGCAUAGUCUUUCUAAACUCCAAAAGAAUGUCCAUGGAACCUGAGACCAGCUGGAUGUUGGAAACAGAUCAGAGCAGACAUAUUAAAAGGUGCAAUUACUUUUCUCAUUAAAAAAGAAAGAAAAGAACAACACAAAAGCAUCACACUGUGGAUAUCACCUUAACCAAUGACAAAAGAAAUACUGAAUUUCUUUUCUUUUCUCUAAGGGGUAGCCCAGAUGAACUGGAAAACAUAGUUUAAAAUGCAGCUUCAACUACUAUAUUGUUCGAUGAUAAACCUUUUGUUUUCCUUAAUAUGUCCAAUGUCAGGCAGACUGGUUUUUAAAUCUCCCUUUUCACGCUUUCUGCCAGAACUUUGCUUUUAAUGUGGGCAGACAAAGGGGUGGGGGUGGGGUGGGAAAGCUACCGCCUUGCAUGUUGUCAGCAUCCUGCUGUUGACUAUAGUUGAAUAUGACUUUUUACAAAAACUGAUAUCAUCCGUUUCUGAUACCUAGAGAUAGAUGAGGGCCAUGAAUCAUUAGCAUCUCAGGUCUCUCUGUCACUUUUGGGUGGAGUGAGAUGGAAAUGUGAGAUCCAACCCUGAUAUCUUCAAACAAGGGGAAAAACUGUCCAUCAACCAAAUCUAGUCAGUUAAGAGCAACAUGUUUUAAGUGCUUAGAGUUUAAGUGCCAUUAAUAGUAUUUGUUAUAUUUUGUCAUCCUUCAAAGAAGUAUUUUCUAUUUUCUUUUUAGCUUUUAAAUUUGGGUUUUCUUUCAUUAUUGAAGGACUCUGUUUUUUUUUUCCUCCCUUCUUCUCUUAUCUCACACUUUCUUCCCUAGAACCUGAACCUGGACUUGGUUGGUGAUGUCAAGCCAAAUGAUGAAUAAGUAACCAAAAUAUGAUGCUCUUGAAUGUUCCGCAAGGCCCUGGGGUAGGGGAGGGAAACAGUGGCCCACCCAGAGUGUUGAGACAACCACUUCAACUAAUUUUUGCUACAAGUAAGAAAAUGCUAGUGAGUUUGAGGUUCCAGCACUGUUUGCACUUCAGUCUUUACUAUUGUCUUUUUUCAACUUUGUAUGAUCCCAAUGAGGUAUAUUUGAUUGCAUGCUCACACUGACCCCCUGGUCUUUGAGAAAAGCAAACAAGGAGUCCUUGUUAAAAGUUUCCGUGAUUCAACUCAGUUCCUUUCAUUGCCUUGGGAUAGUGUAGUCAAUUAACAAAGCAGGACGAUUUCACAUAAAUUGAUGCUGAAAAAAGGGACCUUUAGGCAUGAUCUAGUCCAUCCUCUGGCUUCCAGGUCAGAGAUACACCCAUGAUAUCUCUAUCCAAUGCUUCUUUAUCUGGGAAGAUUUUCCAUGAUGGAAAUCUUCCUGACCACUUUCUACACGCAGAUGGUAUACGUACAAACUUGGUGUUUCCCUCCUCCAAACUUCCCUCCUCUGUUCUUUAGGCUCCAUUUCUUGGUUUCCCUUUGCUGUGAGGCUGAACUAUGGGAGAAGCUCCUGGGCCUUCUGAGAAUGGCCCGAACCAAGUGGCCCUCUCUAACCCAGACGGGAUUGUGGUCAGACUGAAUAAAGAUCUGAAUUGAGUGAAUGAGAGCUUUCGCUCACAAGACCCUCUAUCUAUACCAUAGCUUACAUUCAGUUAUGCAAGAGGUAAACAUAGUUUCUUACUAUGUGUGGCUACCCACCCUUUUAUGGUGGACUGGCAGAUCAAAUUCAUGAGUUCACAUUAAGCCCAGGGCAAGUUCCUGGAUAAAAGGCCUCUGAAUCAUUGUCACUGGGUUUCACACUUGCUUAGGUUCCCAAUCAGCCUAAAUUAUGGAUCCUUGCUAAUGGGCCUUUCUCCAUUGACUGAUCCCCCAAACUGCAGCAUCCUGGAGGUUUCUGCCUUUUUCUGAAGACAAGCCUUAGUCCUGCAGGGCUGCUUGGGACACAAUCAUCCCUCUGUGCCUCUAGCUACUGAGAUUGCUGGUACUGACAAGACAGAGUCUGGCCACGGGAAAGGCACGAGGGAGAAGUACAAAGAUAACAUUUGAGGCUAAUUAUGGAAUGUGUCAAAGCUAACCCUGUGGAGAUCCAGCCUAUCAUAUUUUCAUCCCAAACUCCAGAAUGUAUAUUUUAUCAUUUUGAAAUGCUAUAUAUAUUACCCACCUGUAUUGUUAUGCACUUUAUUGUUCACCUUGCAGGAACACAACACAUGGAAAGAACAAAACAGUACAAAACAUAAAAUUGCAUUUUGCACCAAAUGAAACAUGUACAUUUGCUGGAGUACUAAAUAUAAGCUUUCCUAACUGCAUCAGAUCCCAAAUAACUGAAGUAACCAAUAUAGUGAUAAGAAAAUAUAGGUAUCGACAUAUCUAUAUUUUCUUCCAUAUGUAAAAUAAUCCUCAGAUAUAAAUGAUGCUGGCAUCCUGGAAAAGAAAGAACCAAGAUAAGUCCUACAGGGCAGAUGGAUCCAAUAAGAACAUACAUAUCAAAAUGCUUUGUGAGACCCAAGGCCCUCUGCAAGUAGUGGAAGGUUUCCAGAGAGACUGAAAAUAAAAGAAGGGGCUUGAUCUCUUUCCUUUUCACACAAGACAACAUUUUAGCAAAAGUACAUGUAACAUUUUUUUUUUGUGGAGGGCAGGGUAAGGAGGCAUGGGAUGAAGGAUGCUUUCUUUGAAAAAUCAGGCUAAAUUAUGCACAACAACCAAAGCCACUAUGGUUGUGUCCAUUUACUAAUCAAGAAAAGAGAAGAACAUUUCUUUUAGUUGUAGACACUGACUAAACACAUGAUUAGACUUGCCAACUCCAAGUGAUUUUUGUUUCCCCUUUUAUUUCAAUACUAGACUUCAACAACAUUAGUCCUGCAAGGAGCCAGCAGAAGAUAAAACCAAUUUUGCAAAAUGUACAUUAUUAGCAUAUUUCUUAUUAGAUGAACUGAAUAUUCAUGGAUGUUUUUAAAAGAAAACAUAGUUUGGAAAGGAGCCAGAAGAUGCUAGGGAUGAUCUCACUAACUAAAUAAAUGAUAUUAGAGAAGUAAGUAGAAAGGUGCCUGAAUAUGGCAGUCAGGAGACUUGGACUCUAGUCCUGGCUCUGUUUCUAGUCAGCUUAUGUGGCCUGGGGCAAGUCACUUGCCUCUUGGCUUUGGUCUCUCACCUGUAAGAUAAGGAGGUUGGACUAGACAAUGGCUCUCUGAGGUCCCUUCAAGCUCUAAGAAUCUACAAAGAAAACUUCCAGGUUCUACAAUCAAUCAAUCAUUAAACAAUUAUUAAAUAUCUAAUGUGUUCUAGACCCUGUGCUAAAUGCUGGAGAUACAAAAAGAAGCAAAAGACAGUCCCUGCCCUCAAGGAGCUCAUGAUCUAAUGUACUAAUGCAUAAAACAUGCUGAGAAAGUUACUGCUCUGAUCUGGAAAUAUUUACUGAUUCUCAUCUGUUUUCUAUGAUCUUAAGAAUUAAAUUUCCUAAUUUUUGUAACUAAUAUGGUAUACAGAUGGAGAUCACCCCUAUAUACAGGAAGCCAGACUGGAAAUAAGGAUGAUAUCCUCCCUUGGGCUCACAGACUACCUUUUCCAAAGGAGACAGUAGCCAGAUGACUUCAAGCCAUGCUGACUUUUGUUUACUUGGCUUUAAACUAAUGAAGGCAUUUGACCUUGAGCUCAUUGGCAGCCCAAUGAAUGGAAAAUUUAGUUGAACACGGCAUUAAUUUUCAAACUAUAGACACACUCAGAUUAAAGCAUAGAAAUACACACAAGAGUGACUUACAGUGACUGCCAUAGAAUAUAAUGCCAUGGAGGAAGUAUUGGUAGAUAUAUCUUUAUAUGUGGUCCUCUUGAAUAUCCCUUCCUUUUUCUGAGAUGGCAUUAAUUCCUGUCUAAAUCAGUGCAACUCAUCUAUUGUCCAUGUUUGGUUUCUAGUAUCAAUAGUGCUGUGGAUGAAGGCUGGAUUGCUGUAGGUUCUCACUCAACACAUCAGACAAAAUUUUAAGUAUCCUAGACCUAUUAAUGUAACACAAGUUUCCUAAUUUACAAUAAGGCCAUCAACAAGAAUGAAAAAAAAGGCCCAUUUGAAAAAAAAACGAUUAAAAGGGUGAACUAUAUUUCUGAUGAUCUUUGCCCUUGGCCGUUGGCAUGUCAUCCUUUCUCAUGGCCAUGAUGCAACAAAUGGAAAAUUACAUGUGUUGGAGCAAUAUGAGUGAGGUUGCUCUUGGUGCAAUACUGGGCUCAUCAGCAACUGCCUUAAAUUGGAAAAAUGUUAAAUCUCUGGCCAAAAGAUCACUUUAAUCUGACUCCACAGAUAUUAACUCUUCUUGUGGGAACUAGGAAAUCGCAUGCACUUAACAUGAUUGUAAAUAAAGCUGUGCACACAUUUUAUUUCGUAUGGAAACAUGUACUCAAUCUUUGCACGGAAAACUAAUUGUGUUGGCAUUUGCCCAAAAGAUACAUUUCCCUUUAAAUUUUGGUCCUUCUGUGUCAGUAUGAAAGUCACAUAUCAGCGUUGUAGUCUUAGGAAAAAUAAUAGAUGCUUCUAAUUUGACUGAAAAUGAGUGUCCUUCCACAGGUGCCUAUGAGAUUUGGAAUUUACUUUCCAUACUGGGUUCCUAAAUCAGAAAUCUCAAACAGGUCUCCGUGCAUUUUUUUGGAGAGACAUCACACACCACCUCCAACAAUGGACCCACACCUCAGAGGGUGACUGUAAAACCUCUCCUUCAUUAAAAGCUGUGUGUCUAAAAGAGAGGCAGUGCACUGGUGCCUAAAAGUGAUAUGCAAACCAAACAUACCAGCCUUUAGUCCUUUACUCAGUGAGCUUAAGUCCCAGAGCCACAUGAAAGAUUAUCAAAUGAUGGUGAUGAUGAUCAAACCAUGCGCGGAAAUGUUUUACAUUGUUUUUCUUUUUUCUUCUCUCUGUAGGAUUUCAUGGUGCUUUAAAAAGGCAUUUUCAGAAAAGGGAGGAUUUCAUAAUGUUAUUAGGAAGAAUAUAAAGCAAAAUUGCUUGUAACAUUUCAAUAAGCUGUGCUGCUAUUGUCUUUAUCUGAUGAUGUAAUUUUUUUCAAUGACGGAAAAAAUAUUACAACAAA